CGAGCCUCUCUUUUUUUCUCCCGUCUUCCUCUUCCCAAGCACUCCUUGCCGUUCUCGUCAAGCGCACAGCCGGCCACCCUCCCCCCGCGACGACACGAUGGCAGCAGGGGAAGUAGGGCUGUCGGAGGACGACUGGAUCGAGGGCCUCCUUGUCGACGCGGAAAAGAGGCUUGCUGGUCGGGACUCGACGCAGGUUGCUGUCGUGGCCCCGAAGCAGGCCGGCCUUGCCAAGGCCAGCAAGGCGUUGGCGCCGCAGCUGAAACAGGUGACGGAAGCCCCGAAGAAGGAGGGUGAGGUGGACGUCCGCAUCCCCCGGCCAGCUGCCCAAAAGAAAAAGGGGAAGGACCAGGACGAUGCCGGAGCCGAGUGGUUCAACAUGCCCAGGACCAAUGUCACGCCAGAGUUGCUCCGCGACCUAAAGCUACUUCGCAUGAGGAACGUGCUCAACCCCAAACAGUUCUUCAAGAAGGACACGCGCACCAACCUCGUUCCGACCUUCUCGCAGGUUGGCACGCUGAUCGAAGGAGCGACCGAGUUCCAUAGCAACCGCUUGACCCGGAAGGAGAGGAAGCGGACGCUGGCAGAGGAGGUUCUUGCUUCUAGUGACGCUGUUGCCAAGUUCAAAACCAAGUACAACGAUAUCCAGACAAAGAAGAUGAGCGGUAGGAAGGGCCACUACAAGAAGCUCAUGGCCCAGCGGUACAAGAAGCGCUAAGCUCAGGACUGCGAGGGCCGGAGCGCUUAUUCUUAGCGCCGGCAUCAACUUCCCUGGGGGAACGCCGGGAGAUGCCGACGCGAGAUGUGUACCCGCGGUGCGCAUCACAACAGGGAAAGAAUCGACGCACGUGUGGUGGGAUGCUUGACGGUGCUCGAACAGGGAUAUAUCCCUCGAGCUGCACAUCCCCACCGGCGAUGCCUGGGCGAUUCACAAAGGUCAUCCUACAGAGCAACACGCAUAACAAGCGGCUGCUAAAUCUGUAAAGUGAACGAAGGGCUCUGAAAAGUCCAUUCGUGCCACGAGAGGAGUCACGGUGGGUAGGGGAUGACACCCCACAACGUCCCAGUGUGAUUUUUUUUUUUUUUUAGGUGCACCGCUUUAACAGACGGUGGAUGGUCAAUUCAAUCGAUCCAUCAGUCAAUAAUUAUUUUCAUCCUCCUAAAGUAACCCUUCUAUGUCCUUCAAAUGUCAAAUGCUGAGUGACUUGUAGAG